GCGCCACUUUAAGUGAAAAAGGGGCGCCUUGAAACCUCCAUGUUUGUAUCUUGAAAUUGCGAACGGAGUUGAGCACCAUAUUGAAUCAAAGUUACCAACUCUUUAAAACAAAUGUUUGGUAACUUUCUAACUUUCUACGUCAGCGGCUUAGAGAGUAGACCCUGCGGCAGAGCUAAUGGAUGCGCUUUAGGCGACUGCUUUGCCACUUUUCCGGCGCCUUUCAGUUUUGUUUUCGUACAUGUUCAGUUCAUGCAACAGCACCGGAGUCGGCGAAACAACCCAUAAGUUUAAAGCGUGAGAUCCGGGAUCUGGACGUGAUGGACAAUCCGUCCUCAGUAAUCACCCAAGUGAGCCGGGAUGAAGAGGGAAAUAAAGCCGCGUCAGAGAAGGGCUCUUCUCCCUCCCCGUCAUCUAAGAAGCCGCGAAGCAGAGGCCUAUUCUCCGGCCUGUUCUGUUGCCUUUGCCGGGACCAGCCUGAACCCCCACCCGUCAACAACAACGCCCCUCUCUUAGUGGAGGAGAAUGGGACAGUCUCCAAGGUCAAGCCACUGCUGCCUCCAGUCAAGUCAAAAGACGCUGGGAAGAUCUGUGUGGUGAUAGACCUGGAUGAGACGUUAGUUCACAGCUCUUUUAAGCCUGUGAACAAUGCAGAUUUCAUCAUUCCCGUGGAAAUAGAUGGAACCGUACACCAGGUAUACGUCCUGAAGCGGCCGCAUGUCGAUGAGUUCCUGAAGAGGAUGGGAGAGCUCUUCGAGUGUGUCCUGUUCACUGCCAGUUUAGCAAAGUACGCAGACCCCGUCUCUGACCUCCUGGACAAGUGGGGGGCGUUCCGCUGCCGCCUCUUUAGGGAGUCGUGUGUUUUCCACCGAGGUAAUUACGUGAAGGACCUGAGUCGUCUGGGUCGUGAUCUCAACAAAGUCAUUAUUGUGGACAACUCCCCCGCCUCCUACAUCUUCCAUCCCGACAACGCAGUUCCCGUUGCUUCUUGGUUCGACGACAUGUCCGACACCGAGCUGAUGGACCUCAUCCCGUUCUUCGAGAGGCUGAGCAAAGUGGACAACGUCUACACAGUCCUCAAGCAACAAGGGACUCCGAGCUAACACUGUUGAGGUCUUCACCUCAGCUCCGAACAAAAUGCCGUAGAAACAAAACAGAAAGAGAGAAAAAAGCCGAACACACCAGCGAGGCUGGAGCUCCACCUAUCACUGCCCACCAGAACACAACGCUGCUUCACAGCUGACAGACCCUUCACCCUCCCAGUAGACAACCAGCUUCCUGACCGGCACUGCCAUCUUCUGGUCAAACACAGACAGGAUGAAUGAAUAUUUAAUGACACAGUGUAGCCACGAAUCCUCUGGAUUCCACCUGGGUACUGGACGCUGAUUUCUCCAUGGGAUGCUCCUUUAAACUGAUCUGAAAGGAUUUUUUUUGAAAGGUUUACAUGAAAGGACAUGUGUUCCAUCCAAGCAAUGCAGAUCAUUCAUGUCUCCUAUGCAUGUUGGACCAGCGUUCAUUUGACCCUUGUUUUUAGCGCUGUUCUGGAAUCAUCAAGGCAGUGUUAUAAAAUAAUCUCACUCAAAUUAAUUACAGUCAGAGCUGUAAGAAUUUAACAUAUUAAAACAUAAGUGAUUGGACAGCACUUUACUGUUUGAUGUAUAGACUAUAGUGCAACUGAUGAUUUUUGUGCACAAACAAUGUUUAGAAAAUAGCAUAAAAGUUAAAAUUUAGUAUUAUUACUGCAUAAUUCCCCACCACUUCAUGCUUUUAAAAAGGCUAGAUUUGAUCUUAUUGAACCGGAAAAAGAGCAGCUCUCAGUGGUUGUUGGGUCGAUAAACGCCAUGACCAGUUGAGUUCAGAGGACCAGAACUGUCUUCCAACCCAACCCCUGGAAACCAGUCACUGUUAAUGGUGCAUCACAACUGUGUCGGAUUUGUUCCUUGCUUUAAAGCCACGCACAAAUCGUGAACUUUUUUUCUUCUUUUUAACUUGGGUUUAACAGAUUGUAUUUAAAGUUCUGUUGUAGUGAAACAGUAGGCUUGAGAUAUUUACUUCCCUAGGCGGUACUUGUAGCCUGGAGGCAAGUUUGUGACGUUAGAAGAUGCUUGUUUGGGGAGCAUAAAACCAUCUGUUGCAAUAAAUGGUUUGGUUCAGUCCAGAUUUAAAGGAUAAAUCCACCUCGAAGCUGUUCAACACUAUUGGUUCUGUUACUUGGCUGAAGUUCUUCAUCUUCUGGACAUAAAUGGAUGUAAUAUUAACUCUGUAAUGUAGCGCAGCCAUGUUAACAUUCUUUCAAUUUGAAAUAUAAUCACAGAAAAUAACAACAUCCACUCCUUAAGGUUUUUUUUUUAAUAUAUUAUUGAGCGUUGCUAAAGGCAUUGUAGGAAGUGUAGGAAAUCACUAUGUACACAAUUGCUGACAAGGUAGAGCUGAUUUAACGCUGGAAUGUGUACCUUUUGUCAAUCUCACCUUCUUGGAGAUCGUUUUCCUGGUCUGUUGGAAUGAAGAGCAGCACAUUCUCCAACAAUCCACUGUUCCACGUUUGCGAUGACAAUGGCCUGUAUUGACACUGAUGAAUGAAAACGGUGGGUUAGACUAUGAGCCUGGGUAGCAGGCUUUGGAUGGGGCAGGGAGAUUAAGAGCUAUUGAAUUAUUUAUAUAUAUAUAUAUAAAAAAAACUUUUCAAUCAAGUUAGCUUGUUGUUUUUGAAUACUUACUGAUUUUAAUUUGUUAUUUCACCAAGGAGUGGUCAUCUGAUACAAUAUUUAUAGUGUUUUCCAAUCAGCUCUUUUUUCUAUGCAAGACUUGGUUGGAUACCUCAUAUCUUGGUAGAAUAUGGAUCAGAACUGCCCACAGAUAACUGAAAAUAUAGUACCUUACUGUUUUAGGCACAUAACAGGGUAACUGUUUUAAAAUGUGUUUUCCAUGUAAGCCAUCGUCACGUGUGUUAGAUUCAGAAAUGACGCUAUUUUCAAUUCAUUGGCAAAGUAUUUAUAGGAACAUGAAAUCGUUUAGUCAUGUGAUUACAUUUAUGAGUAUUGCGUCACUAUGGGGCCCAUUUGCUGAUACUGUACUUCUUACACAUUAAUAGAUAUGUAUAUGUUGUUUUGCACAGUAAUAAAGCAAACAAAUUUCAUUAAUAUAUAUGGAAUAUUCAUUUUACUGUACUCAUGAUGAUUAGAUGUAACCUAAUUUUUGACUUUUGUUGUUUUCUCAUACCAAAUACUGUAUGACUGUAUGUAAUAUUGCCAUCUUUCUCUCUCUCUCCUAUAAAUGCUCAUUGCAAGAUGGUCCAAGCGCUACUUUGUAAAGCAUUUUCUGUUCAAGGGGAUCAGAGAAAUGUGUUUUAAAAUGGAAUUCUGACAAACAGUUUUCCAGCCUGAAAUUUUAGCUUUUUCAGUCAGCUUUUCUCUCAACCACUAAAUACAAAUAUAUACUGAAAAUCAACCAGACGUCUACAGUUGUUGGGAUUUAUUGUCUGCAUUGUCCAAACACAAGUAAAAUCUACAUUUCUGGAUAGCACCGUUCUGCACAAUACAAACAAAAAGCAAUAUGAUGGCUAAAAUGUCCAUUAAAGGCAAUUUUGUGGUAAAU